AUGAGAGUCUUUUCUUCGACGUGCACUUUCGAUUAUUCUUGGGAAGAAGUUUCGGCGGCAAACUGGCGCAAAUAUUGUCCCUGGAAUGACAAGUCUACACAUGUCGUGGCAGUAGACACCCUAUCUCGGGCAGUCGAUGCUGAUACUGGAAUUCUGCGGACAGAGCGUCUGAUUACCUGUAAUCAAUCAGUGCCGCAAUGGGUUCUUUCACUCUUUGGAGGCAGUGCUACGUCGCAUGUUUACGAAGUGUCCUACGUCGAUCCUGUUUCGAAGAAGGUCACGAUGUGUUCGACCAACCUUACAUGGUCUAACGUCUUGAACGUCAAGGAGACCGUUAUCUAUCAGCCGUCGCCGUCAAACCCUUCCUCAACUACCGAUUUCAACCAAGAGGCGAAGAUUACUGCCUUGUGCGGUGGAUGGCAGAAAAUAAAAAACAAGGUAGAAGAAGCUAGCGUGGAGAGAUUCAGUCAGAACGCGAAGAAGGGCCGAGAAGGGUUUGAGGCUGUUCUUGAGAUGAGUCGCCGAGUUUUCAGUGAACAACGUGAACUCGAGAGCACUAAGCUUCAAUCCUAA